GCAGAUCCAUUUGAUGGCAGCGUUCCCAACCCAAACAGUGUAACGUUGAAAUUUCAGAACUAGCAGCGGCAGCACCAGUAGCAGCAGCAUCAACACCAGCAGGACCGGCAGCACUCCAGGUAAAAGGUGCACGAUGGCUGAAGUGCCAGAACAAGCAGCAGCACUUGCACUAGUAGCACAAGCAGUAGCACUAGCAGAAGAACUAGCAGAAGCACUAACAGAAGAAGCCUCAGCAACGAUAGCAGCAGCAAAAGGACCGUCUGGGCUAGAAUACACGGCCAUGGUGACAUGGCCGUCAAACAACAUUGGUGGCUUCGACGAGGAGGCUUUCAUCACGCGUCCGGCCACAGAAUUAUUCUGCCCAGUAUGCGGCGGGGUGUUACGCCACCCCAUACUUGCGGUAAGGUGUGGCCAUCAUUUCUGCCACAGCUGCAUUACCGAAGUCCUCAAGCGUAAUCAGCCAUGUCCAUUGGACAGAGGAGCGCUUUCUUGGGUUGUGCCAGGAGACUUGGUGGAAGAUCGAAGCGUGAAACGCCGUAUUGGAGAGUUAAAAAUUACCUGUGAGAAAAAGGUAAACGGCUGCACGUGGACAGGCCCAUUAUCGUCGUAUGAUGCACACGUCACCCGGGACCAUAGUUAAAUGUAUAUGUACAGUCAUUCGUGCAUAAUACAUUCGCCCCACCGUGUUUUUCAACAUGUGUCCAGGGGACCCUGGACCUAAGUUUGGUCUUAAUAAAAAA